AUGGAUAUCAUGUCAUAUCAGUACUACGCCCUGCUACAUUUCUAACGUGCUUUACUUCCACUUCAAACAACACCACAGACUAACUGUACUAUGUCUUGAUUAAAGUUGAGUCCGCAAACCGGAUGGUAGUUCAUCCAGGAAGCCUCUGAACAUAUCUCUUCGACAAAGCGCAGGAAGGCAAAGAAAGGAAAGGUGUGCACAUCAAAAACCCAAGAGGAAGCAUGAUGUGGUACUGCAUGAUCCACAUAGCUAGAAGUUUCGUGAACUCAAGAACUCAGAGAUGGAAUUGCUGAGGGGGGAGAGAAACGUCAGCUGGGAUGAGAAGCAAAAUCAAGUGGGUUAGAACACCGGCCAGUUAUUUCGUCCUCAGAAAACCGCCGGUUUCCGGGACCGACCGACCCAUCAGCUGCUCAGAUCACAUCAACACGCAUCUGAUGCCUUACUCAAAUUUCUCUGAUGCUAAGGGUGCUGUCAUUAACGAGAACACAUCCUUGAAUGCUGCUCUGAUAAAAAACGUGAGGAAAAGAAUGGCUGGCAUGAACAAGCAUAUUGCAAAAUACAAGAAUGCAAACACCUCCUUCGUGAAGGAAAAUGUCUACCUGAAGAACCGACAAGCUUGGAUGACAAAAUCUCAGAAGCGUCAGAAGAAAACCUUGGUCUACUUGAAGUACAAGCACAAUGAACUGACUGAGAAGGUCACCGACCUUUCCAAUCUACUUAUGGAACUUGAAGCAAGCAAUGCACUGCUGCGGGAAAGAAAUGCUGUGCUAGAGAAUGAAAGCAAUGCACGUGAUGAGGUGAACAAGGAAAAUGACCAUGAACUGGAUGAGGCCAAAAUUUAAGG